AUGCUGAGCAAAUUAUCUGUAACUGCCAUUUUCCUCCUUCCAACUAUCAUUGGGGAAAUCGGAGUCGGGUGUUUCGAUCGGGAAGCAAUUCUGGAAGGAGCAACAGGAAUAUACCUGUAUAGCGGAGCCAACCCCCCCGAGGUCCCAUGUAAUUGUCAGGAGAUUGGCUUUAGGUACUUGCUCAAUUCGUAUGAUUACUGCUCUCCGGGCUUGAAUGACGAAUCGGACGCAAGUGUAGUGGCUGUGGCAACCAGAAUCAAUGGAUGGUCCAGCGGGCCAUGCGUUCAUCCCGACAGUCCGAUUUCGGCCUUCAAUCCCUUUGAAGUGACCGACAUAUUCCAAUGUGUCUCUCAAUGUCAAAUACAAGGCCGUCCCUACGGCGUCCUCAUCCCUCACCGACGAUCGGUCACUGCCACCUGUGCCUGUUUUGAAAACAGCAAUGUCUGGCUAGGUGAGCCUAGGACAGGUUGUGGCUGGGAAAACUGGAAUACUUUCAGCUAUAUCUCCCAACCAAGUGCCUUUGUCAAACGUCAACAAGCGAAACUUCGACUGUCAAACCGGGAUGAGCUGUGUCCCAUGGGCUCUACUGCAUGUCUGCUGGAUGAUAGCGAGCCCUCGUACGAAUGCAUUGAUACAACCAGCGAGCUUGAAUCAUGCGGUGGUUGCAUUCACAGCUCCAUCACCCCAUUGGUAGACUCGCCCGGCGGAGGAGUAGACUGUACAUCUGUGCCCGGUACAGCACCAAAUGGUGUUACUUGUCUCGAAGGUCGCUGCAUUGUGUAUGACUGCGAUCAUGGGUAUGAGCUCAAAGAAGGAGAAUGUGUGAGUUGGGAGCUGUGA